UCCAAAUGCGGCGCUGUAUUCCAAGCUCUUGAAAAAAUGUUGCUAAUUCGGCCUUCGAAAACUUGGGACGAUCUUUCAAAGGAGCUCGUUUCGUUGUUAAAAUUUUGGUUUAAUAAACUUCAAUGUCAAAUGAUAAAACACGACACUGCUUGGUGGAAUUUUCUACUGAAGCUUUUGUAUUUUGUUAAAGAGUUAAGAACCAAAAGUCCACUCAUAAACAGUAAACUUGUAGAAGUGCUGGGUGAAGACUUACUUCAGCUGACCACAAAUAACAAUCUGGACUUGAAUCAGCGACGGGCGACGCUUCAAUGCUUUAACGCGUGCUGUGCGGAGUUGCCCAAACUCUCGAGAUUGGCUUUGAGAAAGAAGUUUGAGGAGUAUUUUACAAAGCUGGCGCACGGCAUGCCGUCGUGGGGCGACUUCAGGCUGCAGUUCAGCACAAUGGAGACUCUUUUGAGGUGGCUCUUGAGGCGGAACGAACGUUCCGUUCGAGAAGGAGUCGCCGCUUUGUGGUUCCCGCGUGACCUCUACUCGAGGAUGGCCGUCAAAAUCUUUUUGGAGAGGGAUUGGAGUAAUUUCUUUAAGGACACGAGAGAUUUCCUAAACGCACAAAACGAGAAUAACUCUUCAAUAAUAUCUCUAAUUUGUAAAAAAUUUAAUAUUGGCAAAACUGAAGCGAUAACUGCUACGGAUAAAAAACACUGGAUUGAUUUUAACAUGGAUAAUAAGUGUAUUUCCCUGAUGCUGGAGUUAAAAUUACUGCAGGUUCUUAAAAUGGCGCACGCCGUCUCCGACGCUCUCGUGAUAAAGAAAGACAAUACGAGAUCUGUGAAGUUGAUUAGAAAUGGCUCUCUGAUUCAAAUAGAAAUAACCGUAAUCGAGCCUUUAAACCGAUCAUCUGAAAAACUUAACAAUGAACGCGAAAUAAGUAUUUAUAUGAACGCGAUAAACGCCGACAAAGUCAACGAGUCGCUGAAAAAAAUAUUUGGAAUUAAAUAUGAGGCUUCGUUCAUGGGAGAAGGAGUUCAUCAGAGUUCACCCAACACCGCGGCAGACUGUUCACAAAUAGAAAAUUCGGAGGACAGUCGACAGUUCGCCAUUACCACGAGGCGCGGGAAGCAAAGCCGUGUCGGAGCCGCUACCCUCAACAAAGGAUGCUUCGCGUUGAAGUCUCCGUCCACUACUUCCACGACCUCACUGCUUUUCCUCAAAGAAAAAUUAUCGGAGUAUCCAGGGUGUGCUAGAACAGGCGACGAGGAAUACGGCCGUAUUUGCGCGAAGCAGCUGUUGCCUAGAGUCCCCGAAGAAUCCGAAGAAGACAUAUGCGUUUUAAGCCCUCGUAUCAAACCGCGCUGCGAUGCUGUCUUCUCCCACAAAAUUAACGUUCGAGAUUCUGUAGACAAAACCUCAGUUUCUAAACCCAGCACUAUCAGCGUAGUCUUAGCUACGACUAUAGAUUCUUACGAAGCCACCGGACCCCACGACACCUUGGAUGGCUUUCCAGAAGAUCUCGAACUAAACACGCUCAAUUAUAUGGCGUACCGUCAGCAAAACAAAAGUGAAAGUACAUCUGACUUACCAAGCGAUGUCAUUGAAAAUACGCCAUUCGUUAGACCUUUCGUCGGCGCACGGGAAAAUGUCAAAGUUUCUGAUAAUAAUUAUAAAAAGCAUUACGAAGAUAUCGAAACAGAAGUAAUCAAUUGCGUUAACGAUUUAAUUGAACAAGUUUGCACAGAAUAUGAAAUGAUUUCGCAGUUAAUAAAUCAAAAGGAUUUCACAAACAAAUUACUCAUUGAAGCUGGUCUUUCAAUAACUAACCAAAGUGAACAUCAGUCGACCGAUACUCAAAAAGCAAAGAAGAAAACUGCUAGGUCGAUUAAAAUUACUUUUCCAAAGACUAAGAAGAAAGUUAAUAAAAAGAAAACAGGGCAACGUCGACCGAAAACACUCGAAUCGCAGGCAGCUAGCAAAUUAUCAAUCACUUAUGAAACAGACAUCAAUCUUAAAAGUCCCAAAAACGAUAUUAAAGGACCAAUAACGCGUCGUAGGCGCAAAUUAUACUCCCCAAAAGAUAACCUUACAUUUCUUGGCCCAGUUGAUUCCGAGACCGGUGUACAUCAAAAUCUUACUCCGACGACUUCAAAGACUCCUUAUCGAGAGAUUCAAGAAAUGCGGGCCUCGCAUAGAGAAUCGACCAAAAGAAUAUCUAGACCAGAGGAGGUAGUCCUGUCAUCGCGAUCGAAAUAUUUAAACGAUGCCUUUGAUAAGUUAUUGCAGACCGAUUGUAACGAUGUAAACAUAAUGAAAUCGAACAUCAAAAAAGAUAUAUCAGUAUACAACUAUAUUGAUAGUGACGACAGCGAUUUCAAAGAUGACGUUAACCCGACGAAACCUUUGCUACCUUUACCAAAAACAAACCAAAAAAAAUCAAGAAAAAGAAAACAAAAAAGUAUAAAGGCAAGACAAGAUACGCUCAUUGAUGAAAGGAUGCGAAACGCUUCGGCAGAGCUAGACACGUCUUUUGUUAUUGAAAAACCCGUCGAAAUCUGCGAAAACGUAGAGGCGGUUAUAGUUGUUGAGCCGAUUAUCGAAGAUGAAAAUAAUUCAACCAAAAAAUCAAGAAUUAUUAAGAGCCGUGAUACUAAGAAGAAUACUAAAUCGAAAAACGCCACUAAAAAAGCAAACAAAAACGCUCAACGACCUACUACGAAAGUGAUGAACAUGUCUCGCGAUAGGGAAGAGAGUAUAAGCCCGGGUCUCAAAUGCGAAUUACAGGCAGACGAAAAGAAGUCUAGCGACUCUCUAGCUCAUUUGGACAAAAUUAACAUAAUCGAGAAAGCUGAGAAAGAGGAGUUAUUUGAGGAUAGUGAUUGUGUCUACGAAAUAAUUGAGACCAAAGCCACAAUCGAACACGUUCCACUGGUUAACGCCUCCAUUGAGCGCAUUCGAUUACCCCGGGGCCGAGCCUCCCGGGGCCAACCACAGGACUUUGAAUCGAUUCAAACUAUUGAAAACAACAAUGUGAUACCCGAAGCCGAUAACAAUGAGAUAUGUCGAAAUAAAAUAAUGGAUGAUGAAUUUAUUCAGCGCUUUCCACGCGUAAGUGUAGAGAGGAUGUCGGAAAAGGAUAUUAAUGAGUGGUUACCACGUGCUAAAACUUCCGUGAGCGGUAGGACGAGUGAAUCCUCAUCAAAACCGGAAAUAAACCAUGACAAAAGUCCGUCCGUCAGCCGUAAGUCACGUUUAUUUUCUCCCCAAUGUGAAAUUUUAGCAAAAAGCAAAGAUGGAAAAUUAUGCAAUUCUUUGAUUCUCCCAUUCAAGAACAAUAAAAAAUCAAAGAAUCAAGAAUAUAAUAGCCACACGCCUGAACUGAAACGGGAGGAUCCGGACGUAGAUAAUACGGAGAAAGAUAUAUUAUGUCGAAACAGUUCAUCGAUACGAGCCGUUUCUCUGAGGACUAGAAAUACUCCAAAAGCAUUGAACAAUCGCGUACUCAAGACGCCCUAUUCGAAGGAAAAUCUCAACAAAGACAUCCCUAUCGAGGGCCGCGCUGAAAAAUUGCGAUCGAUUUCGUCAUCGGAGUCAGACAAUCGAAGAAUUACCAGAAGAGCUCUCAAGAGGCCUAUCAGCGGCAACGACUCAUCUUCGAGAGAAGAAGAGACCGAGUGUUCGAUGAAAGAGUGUUCCAACGCGGAGGCGAUACAUAAUUGGUUGGAUCGAAGCCAACACGAGAUCGAAACGGAAGAACUCGACGGUGUGAGGCUGAACGUCUUUGAGGACAUUUUCAAUGAGGUCCAGAAGAAAAUCGAUUACGAUUUAGCGAAAAUUAAGAAUAAUACCAGGAAUUCGUUAUUACACAUUCAAAGCGGUGUAGUGAAGCAAAUAGAAGAGGCGCGUUUGCGUCGCCGGGCCUUGUACGAGGAGACCGCUCGCGAGAUAUUCUCAGACAUAGGCAAAACCCUCGACGCCAAGUUCACCGAGCUCGAGUCCAAGUGCGAGAGAGUCGACGGUCUAGUUCUGAAGAACAUUUCGCGAGACUCGAAGCAGCUGAUGUCCGAAAUCGCUGCAAUUGAAGUGGACGUGAGGUCCCACUCGGAACACUUAGCCCCGAGGAACAACUGACUCUAAGCUCCAUUUGUUCUUGGUUUCCUUCAUUCUGUGGUUAUCGAACUCACUUCAGUCACAGAUCACACACGAGUUAACUCGAUAAUUUAUAUUUAAGUUGUUAAAUGUUUUCUUUUAGUUAUGUUUAAUGCGUAAUUCGGUAAACUAUUGAUUUUUUUUAUAAUAAGAAAACUUUGAUUUAUAAUAUUAUUUUAAAGGUUUGUAGAACAAUACAAAAUACUGAAAUCAUAUCAUCGAAACACAAUGCAAUGUAAAUAAACGUUUUAAAAUUGA